AUGAUCAUGUCCAUAGUACAGAUGAGUACACAGAGGAGUUCUGUCAAGGCUCUAGUGGAUCAGGCUGAGGCUUUCUCUGGCCGAGGGCACAUUGUUAUUGUUGACCCCAUCUUCCAGGGUAUUGGUGUGGCUCUGGCUAAUGGAGAACGAUGGAGGAUUCUCCGACGCUUCUCCCUGACCAUUCUUCGGGACUUCGGGAUGGGAAAGCGCAGCAUUGAGGAGCGAAUCCAGGAGGAGGCUGGCUUCCUACUGGAGGAAUUACGGAAGACAAAGGGUGCCCCCACUGAACCCACUUUCUUUCUGAGCCGCACUGUCUCCAACGUCAUCAGUUCUGUUGUCUUUGGACGCCGCUUCGACUAUGAGGACAAGAUGUUCCUGAAGCUGCUGCAGAUGAUCAAUGGGAGCUUCAUUGAGAUGAGCACACCCUGGGCACAGCUAUAUGACAUGUAUUCUGGAAUCAUGCAGUAUUUGCCAGGAAGACACAACCGCGUCUAUUAUUUGAUAGAGGAGCUCAAGGACUUCAUUGCUUCUAGAGUCAAGAUCAACGAGGAAUCCCUUGAUCCACAGAACCCUCGAGAUUUCAUUGACUGUUUCCUCAUCAAGAUGCACCAGGACAAAAACAAUCCACACACAGAAUUCAACCUCAAGAACUUGGUCCUCACCACUCUCAACCUCUUCUUUGCUGGCACAGAGACUGUGAGCUCUACACUUCGCUAUGGAUUUCUGCUUCUAAUGAAGCAUCCUGAGGUGGAAGCAAAGAUCCAUGAAGAGAUUGACCAGGUGAUUGGACCACAUCGGAUACCAAGCGUAGAUGACCGAGUCAAGAUGCCCUACACAGAUGCUGUGAUCCAUGAGAUACAGAGACUGACAGAUAUCGUGCCCAUGGGUGUUCCACAUAAUGUCAUUCGGGACACUAAUUUCCGAGGCUACAUUCUGCCCAAGGGCACUGACGUAUUUCCCCUGCUUGGCUCCGUCCUCAAAGACCCCAAAUACUUCCGCUACCCAGAUGCCUUCUAUCCCCAACACUUCUUGGAUGAAAAGGGCCGCUUCAAGAAGAAUGAAGCCUUUGUGCCUUUUUCUUCUGGAAAGCGCAUCUGCCUGGGCGAGGCCAUGGCCCGAAUGGAACUCUUCCUCUACUUCACCUCUGUCCUUCAGAACUUCUCGCUCCGCCCGCUGGUGCCACCUGCUGACAUCGAUAUCACCCCCAAGAUCUCAGGCUUUGGCAACAUUCCCCCAACCUAUGAGCUCUGCCUGGUGGCCCGCUGACUGCCCCCCUACUGGGUAUGGAAGGAACCAUUGGAAAACAGAACUCUGCCCAAGUGUAUAGGGA